GACAGAGAGGAAGGAGAGAGACCGAGAAAGGAGAGAGAGACAGAGAACAGGGAGAGAGAAUAGAUCAGAGAUAGAAUAGAAUAGAGGACCAGCUGUGUGGACCUUCAUAUGGAGUCUACAACAGAGGGAGGAGGAGGAGGAGGAGGAGGAGGGCUGAGGGAGCUGGUUCUAAAGUGGUUUACAGAGACCCAGGCCCCUCUCAUUCUCCUCCAUGAAGGAAACUUUCCCGAUUGGUUCCAAGGCUUCACCACCAGGAAGGAAGCAGAGGAUCAGCUGAGAGACAAGCCUCUGGGAUGUUUUCUCAUCAGACUCAGUGACAAAGCCGUAGGAUACAUCCUCUCAUACAAAGGACAAGAUCGCUGCCGCCAUUUUGUGAUCAACCAGGACCAAGCUGGGCUGUUCGCUAUCUCCGGGGACGACCAGCCUCACCACAGCCUCACAGAACUGAUAGAGCACUACAGAGUCCAUCCCAUCCAGCCCUUUGGAGAGUCCCUCACCUCUACAUACUGUUGUCAGUCAAGCUCAGGAGAGCUGUAUGAUGUGGUGCAGUUCGAGACCAAAGAGAAGAAGAAGACUGGUGGGGUCAGUGUCCGAGCUCUGAGAAGUUACUGGGACCAGCAGAACGAACAGAAGAAUGACCAACACCAACAGAAUGACCAUCAAAAGGACCAUCACAAUGACCCACGGAACGACCCAUGGAACGACCCACGGAAUGACCCACGGAAUGACCCACGGAAUGACCAACACCAAUGGAAUGACCUGCCGCCAACUAGGCAGCCCCCUGCAGUGCCACCCGUGCUGCCGCCCAAAACCAACAACAGGAAGUUGACAUCAACAGUAUCCAUUGGCAGGAAGUCCCUCCCACAGCAAGCAGUACCUCCAGUCCCAAGGCGAGGCCCACCUCUGACCCACUCUCUGAGUGGAACCUUGUCUGACAAGAGCGCGUCUCAAACCCAAUACGCCGAAAUACAUCAUGACCAAACCAAGACCACAUCUCACAGUCAAACCCAAUACGCUGAGAUACAUGCUAACCACAACAAGACCACAUCUCACAGUCAAACCCAAUACGCUGAGAUACAUGCUAACCACAACAAGACCACAUCUCACAGUCAAACCCAAUACGCAGAAAUACACCAUGACCAAACCAAGACCACAUCUCACGGUCAAACCCAAUACGCAGAAAUACACAUGAACCAGAACAAAGUGGAGAGACUGGCCAGUACUGGGAGUCUGAACCAGAGGAGGAGCACCGGGCCCUGGUUCUCCAAUAACACCUCCACAGCAGCAGGAGUAGUCAUGUACUCUGAGCUGAACCUGCCAGAUGGACGGAGCCGCUCUCUACCCCGCCUGGACGACGCCACGGAGGAGGAGGAGGAGGAGGGGUACUCCGACAGGAUGACCAUCCAUUGCUUCCCCAACACCUCUCACUCCCCCAAUCCCCCCAAGAGGGUCACCUGCCACGCCUACUCUCUUCAGGACCCCAGGGAAAGCCCCCGGCCACAGAUCCACGGUGGACCACAAAGCCUGGAUCAGCUGAGCAACAACCCACUGUACCAGGCCUCUGUCGGGCUUGGUGAGGGCCGGGACACCCCCUGGAAGGUACCACAGAAGCAGAGAGAAGGGGACCCUGGCAGAAGCCCCCAGGACCAGACUCCUCAGCAGGAGGAGAGUAUGUAUGCAGAGGUUCCAGAGGGGCCAUCUCCUCCCCGUCAUCUGAUUACAGACAACACCUAUGAGCAGAUCCCAGGGGACGGUGGCCUAAAGAGGACACAAAGCACAGCCACAGACCAGGAGGGAAACACCUAUGAGAUGCUGGAGAACCUGAAGUCCAAGGAGUCUACUUGGGGCAAGAAGAAUAUCACAUGGAGAAAAUUAUUCCCUGAAUACAAGAAGAAAUAGCAGCACCCUGCAGAUUCAGCAACAAACCAAUCAGCACCCUGCAGAUUCAGCAUUAAACCAAUCAGCACCCUGCAGAUUCAGCAACAAACCAAUCAGCACCCUGUAGAUUCAGCAACAAACCAAUCAGCACCCUGUAGAUUCAGCAACAAACCAAUCAGCACCCUGCAGAUUCAGCAACAAACCAAUCAGCACCCUGCAGAUUCAGCAACAAACCAAUCAGCACCCUGCAGAUUCAGCAACAAGACAAUCAGCACCCUGCAGAUUCAGCAACAAACCAAUCAGCACCCUGCAGAUUCAGCAACAAGACAAUCAGCACCCUGCAGAUUCAGCAACAAACCAAUCAGCACCCUGCAGAUUCAGCAACAAACCAAUCAGCACCCUGCAGAUUCAGCAACAAACCAAUCAGCACCCUGCAGAUUCAGCAACAAACCAAUCAGCACCCUGCAGAUUCAGCAACAAACCAAUCAGCACCCUGCAGAUUCAGCAACAAACCAAUCAGCACCCUGCAGAUUCAGCAACAAACCAAUCAGCACCCUGCAGAUUCAGCAACAAACCAAUCAGCACCCUGCAGAUUCAGCAACAAGACAAUCAGCACCCUGCAGAUUCAGCAACAAACCAAUCAGCACCCUGCAGAUUCAGCAACAAACCAAUCAGCACCCUGCAGAUUCAGCA